UAUGGAGUCGAAGAAGCAAAAUUAUUGUUUGGAGAGAGUUUGAACAUGAGGGUGACAUCUUCUGGAAAUACGAAUUCAUAAACCUUUAUCCUUAAAUUUGUGGGACUUGAAAUCAUGCCAGCUCCUACUAAGAAGCAGGAAAAGAGAGGAGGAAAAGCUGAUGCGGGCUCAACAGUCCUGAAUGGUGUUUACAUGUUUCCAAAUGGAGACAAGUAUGAUGGUGAGUACAUCCAAGCAGAAGAAGGCUUGCAACGUCAGGGUUAUGGUAUUCAUACAACCUGUGAUGGACUUAGCUACUAUGGAAACUGGAGUGGUGAUAAAAUGAAUGGGCAAGGGAAACUUUUACAUCCGUCGGGAGCUUUAUACGAGGGAGAAUUUGUUGAUAACAUGUUCCAUGGGUAUGGGAAGUACACUUGGCCAGAUGGAUCUUUUUAUGAAGGAAACUUCAAUGAGAACAAACUUGAAGGACAAGGAACCUUCACAGAUGUCAAGUCACAAGUGUGGUAUGGAAACUUCACACACAAGGCCGCACCUGGCCUGAAGUUCAAACUGAACAUGUAAAACAAGCUAACCCAUGAAACUGUGUAAAAUGUGUAAAUAUAAUUUGCAUUGAUGUUAAUAAAAAAAUAUUUAACAGUUGCAGUCAUUAAUGACUUAUCCAUGAGGUGGGGCUCAUAAGUGACAUGAGAUCUGAGGAUAUUACAUGGCUGCAUAGAGAAUAGUCUGCUGGCAGCCGAUUUUUUCUCUAAGGGUCACUUAAAGAGUGUUAAAUCAUCGCGGACACAAAAGGGUGGUAUGUGGCCGAGUAGGGAAGAAGGCUAGACAAGGGUGGCAUGGCCAAGUAAGGAAGAAGGCGAGACGAGAAAAAGCUGUCUGUGUUUCUUCUCGUGCGUGCAGCACCCAUUUCUCGUCCCAUUCCCUAUUAGGACAAAGCAUCUCGCCUCAUAACCCUUAAUUGCUGAAUUUAGAGAGAAAAAAAGACUGCCAGCAGUCU